UCUAUUACUGCAUCUGGACCAGUAAAUGUAACCACAUCGCCACCAGUCUCCACAAUGCCACCAGCUCCAGCAACAAUGGAGCCAAAAAUUGAGCUGGGAUUUAAGUUGCAGCAAAACUUUACAUCACAACUUACAAACAAAUCCUCAGCGGAGUUCAAGCAAUUAAGUGACAACGUUACCACGGCGCUCAACACAAUCUAUUCAGAGAAAUAUGGAGCUGCCUUCAAUCGAACUUUCAUCAAAGGCUUCCGUUACAGUCAAGGAUCCGUUGUUGUCGAUGCUGUUCUGAUAUUCAAUAAUGGGACUACACUGCCUAAUGCCAGUUCUGUGGCGAAAACUUUGGAGACUGCUUCGUCCAGCUCAAAGUUUUCCCUCAGUGUCAACACAUCUUCUAUUACUGCAUCUGGACCAGUAAAUGUAACCACAUCGCCACCAGUCUCCACAAUGCCACCAGCUCCACCAACAAUGGAGCCAAAAAUUGAGCUGGGAUUUAAGUUGCAGCAAAACUUUACAUCACAACUUACAAACAAAUCCUCAGCGGAGUUCAAGCAAUUAAGUGACAACGUUACCACGGCGCUCAACACAAUCUAUUCAGAGAAAUAUGGAGCUGCCUUCAAUCGAACUUUCAUCAAAGGCUUCCGUCAAGGAUCCGUUGUUGUCGAUGCUGUUCUGAUAUUCAAUAAUGGGACUACACUGCCUAAUGCCAGUUCUGUGGCGAAAACUUUGGAGACUGCUUCGUCCAGCUCAAAGUUUUCCCUCAGUGUCAACACAUCUUCUAUUACUGCAUCUGGACCAGUAAAUGUAACCACAUCGCCACCAGUCUCCACAAUGCCACCAGCUCCAGCAACAAUGGAGCCAAAAAUUGAGCUGGGAUUUAAGUUGCAGCAAAACUUUACAUCACAACUUACAAACAAAUCCUCAGCGGAGUUCAAGCAAUUAAGUGACAACGUUACCACGGCGCUCAACACAAUCUAUUCAGAGAAAUAUGGAGCUGCCUUCAAUCGAACUUUCAUCAAAGGCUUCCGUUACAGUCAAGGAUCCGUUGUUGUCGAUGCUGUUCUGAUAUUCAAUAAUGGGACUACACUGCCUAAUGCCAGUUCUGUGGCGAAAACUUUGGAGACUGCUUCGUCCAGCUCAAAGUUUUCCCUCAGUGUCAACACAUCUUCUAUUACUGCAUCUGGACCAGUAAAUGUAACCACAUCGCCACCAGUCUCCACAAUGCCACCAGCUCCAGCAACAAUGGAGCCAAAAAUUGAGCUGGGAUUUAAGUUGCAGCAAAACUUUACAUCACAACUUACAAACAAAUCCUCAGCGGAGUUCAAGCAAUUAAGUGACAACGUUACCACGGCGCUCAACACAAUCUAUUCAGAGAAAUAUGGAGCCUGCCUUCAAUCGAACUUUCAUCAAAGGCUUCCGGUAUGA